AUGAUCGAGAUAGCACCCGCCGAAACGGAUCCUCCAACCGCACCCGCCGCCGCAAAGAAGACUCCCAAGAAGAAGCCGGCUGUCCGGAACAAACCAACCGGUCCUACGCUGAGCGAGCAGAUCGAUAAGAUCGUGGCGGGUUGUCGCGAUAGGAAGGGUAUGUGCUACGCGGCCAUCAUUAAGGCUGUGGCCGGCAGCGGUGUCGAUGUGGUGAAACGUCGCCCCCAGAUCAAGAUGAGCAUCAAGAGGAAAGCGGAAAGCGGCUCCUUGGUUCAGAUGAAGGGUUCUGGUCUUUCGGGAUCCUUUAAAUCCGGUAAAGGGAAAAGUGCAGUAGUGGUGAAGAAAGCGAAGAAGCCAUCGGCUAAGAAAUCUCCAAUCAAGAAAUCUCCCAGCAAGAAGCUUGGCGCCAAGAAACCAGCGGCUAAAAAAGCGGGAGCUAAGACACCCGCGGCGAAGAAAGCGGCGCCGAAGCCCAAGAGCCCCAAGAAAGCCGCAGCCCCGAAGACGAAGGCGGCCAAGAAGCCGAAGUCGAAAUCCGCGAAACCCAAGAAGACAACAGUCAAAAAGUGA